GGUCUUGGAGGCUGUUUUCGUCUCGCCAAAUCAAUGCACUUCCGCAGCGACGUGGUAACCGUCGGACCGGACCGCCUUACCACCGGUGCUCACGAGGGCCAAUCGACACUUGAGCAUUGUCCAACUGCUGCCAGGUCAGCCGAAAAUCGCACCGAAUUAGGGAAAUUAAGGAGCCUUUUUCCCAUCGAAUAG